AUGACGCGACUGCCAAAUAGUAAAUUAGUCCAAUUCGGACUUCGAGGGUUACUACCAAAAAUCAAUGCACCUUCAACCGCCUUUUUAAAGUCAAACGAAACUACCUUACGACUUCUCUCUACUAAUACACGCUUACUGCUGUCUACUUCUAGUAGCUGUACUAGUAGUAGUUGGUGGUUUUCACGUCGUCCGUUUGGUAAUGGUGAUUCCGUGGCAUGUUAUAGUACCGGGGGGACAGGAAAAGAUAAUAAGGACCUGCCGUUUAAGACAUAUCGGUUUUAUCCGGAACAAAGAGAAGACGCUGUUGAAAAGAAAAAAAGCGCAAUAAUUGUUUUGCAGGAAUGGUGGGGCUUUACUGAACAGAUCAGAUUACAUGCGCAACGUAUCACGGAUGGCACGCGAGCCAUCUCCAUAGUUCCAGACAUAUAUAACGGAAAACUUGGAUUAUCCCGUGAGGAAGCUAGUCACUUGAUGAAUAAUUUGGAUUGGAAACAAGCUACUUUGGAUUUAUCCAAGUUAGUCGAGGCGUUAAGAAGGGAGAAUUAUACACAUAUUGCGUCAAUUGGAUUUUGUAUGGGCGGUGCACUUAAUCUUGCACUUGCUGCACAUUUAUCUAUAACACAAGCACCGCUGAGUGCUGUUAUCACGUGUUAUGGUGUUCCGCCACGGACUCUGUGCGAUAUAUCAACAGUUGCUGUGAAAACGCCUGUACAGGGGCAUUUUGGCAACGAGGAUAAAACGACUGGAUUCACAAAUUCAUUAGAGCGUCAACUCGGAGAAGGCAUCGAACUACACACCACCAAUGGCAUCGGUCAACCUAUCGAGAUUUAUCGAUAUGAUGGAGAAGGACACGCGUUCCUAAACAACGAGUCAUGGGCCAAAGAACGACGAAAGGAAUUGGGAUUUGUGGGUGGUGAAAAUAAAGAGGCUAAUGGAAUUGAUGAUGUGUUGUAUGUGAUUGGAUUGGCCUGUUUGUUGGUUGAUCUUUUCGGGUGGAAUGACGAGUAUGUUAAAGAUUUGAGUUUCGAGCAAGACAUUUUUUGGUUUUGGCAUUGUAGAGACAAAGAAAUAGAAAUACAGCACCAAGAAGAACAACAGCAGCCAGAGCAACAAGUCAUCGAAGCUCAUGAGCUUCAGAGAAUUAAACUUGGACAAAGAUUACAUGAGGCGAAUGAGCAAAUUCGAACUCUGAGAGAAGCUUAUGUUAUCUUGGAGGAUAAAUUAGAGACUACCAUCAAUACCAAAAUACAAGCUGCAAAUACUGAAUUAUCAGAUAAGAUUGGUCUGUUGGAAAGAGAUUUGGCAGAAGCUAAAGAUGAAGUCGAACUAUACAAGGCAAAAUUUUCCGAUGCACACGAAAAAGCACAAUCUCUUGAGCACUCGCUAACCGCGGAACAGCGCGCUCGUGAAGAAGAAAAGAUUCGGUAUGAAAGCGAGAAACGUGAAUACGAAUCACUGAAAAAUAUGUAUGAGCAGGAAAAGAAUACGACUGGUGAUGUGCAUACAAAGUAUGAGUCGGAGAAAUUACGACUUGAUGACCAAGUUCGUCGGUUGGAGAGUGAACAUAGCGGUUUGCAAAAUACCAUGAAUGAGCUCCGAGCACAAAUGCUUGCUGUGGAACGUGAACGCGAUCUAGCAAACUCUCAGGUUCACAACUACAAAAUACAAUACGAACGAGCCCUCAACGAGAAACUCACUGCCGACCGCCGCUCACAACUAGAACUCGAAAAACUGCGCAACGACUACAAUUUUCUCCAGAAAGAAAGCGCCAUGUACCAACGCAAACACCAAAACGACCAAAUGAAUCUCGAGCAACUCGCUCGCUCCGAAGAAGAACUAAAGAAUCUGCUCGAGCAGCACAAACAACAACUCGGCAUGAUGGAACAACUAUUGUCCGAAAAAGAGUCACAGUGCAGUCAGCAAGAGGGACGGAUCAUGGAAUUGUCGCGAAAUUUGGAGGAGGCUGAAAAACUUGCGGCGGUUGCGAUUGAUUCGCCGAAUGCAGCUGGGAUGAUUGUGUUGGGAAAUCAUGGAAAGUCGUUGCCAGAUAUGAUGAGAGAGCAUCGGUCGAUGUCGAUCGAGUUGAUUGAAACUAGAGCUAAAUUGAGGAAUAUUGAGAAUGAGAAUCGGAGGAUUGAAGAUUCUAUGAAGAAAAUGGUUAAGGAAAUUCUUCAGACUGCACCGAUUCUCAAGUCGCGAAAUGAAGAUUCUAAGCGUAAAUCACAAGAAAUUGACAAUCUUCUGCGCGAAUUAAAAAUCAAAGAGGAUCUGUUGAUACAGAACUCAAAUGAGCUACAAACUCUCAAGGCCCAAUACAAGUCUCUUACAACAGACUAUUCCAAAUUGCAAAAUGAAAAAGAAAUUUUGUCACGCCACAAUACAUACUUUGUGCAAGAACUCGAAAGCCGACCCUCAGUAGGUAUUCACACACCUGUCUACACAUCUCGCGAGAACGAUAUCGGGUUCCGAAAUCUCGAGGAAAUGUACACGCAAAAUGUGUCAAUGACUUCAGAAAUUAAUGGGUUGUCGCGACAACUACAAGAGCUUUCGGAGAAAACUAAAGAUUUGGAAAGCUUUGCUGCGGAGAAUAUCCGAUUGCGUUCAGAGAUUGAUGUUUUGAGGAUUCGGCUCAAGGUGGUGCCUGAACAGACUCCUGGUGGUGGUGCUGGUACUUCGGCUACGCCGAAUAUUACUCCGAAUGUGGGUUCUGUUCCUAAUAAUCAGGAAGCAGCUUAUUAUAAGAAGGAGGCUGAGUCGCUUCAAGCAAGAGUGAACGAGCUUAUGUCAGCUAGGGAAGAGCUUAGCAACGAUUGUAAAGAACUGAGACAAGAGUUGAAUGAAGCUAAAUCAAUAAGUAGCAAAUAUCAAGUGGCUCAACAUCAGCUUGAAGUUUAUCAACAAUGGUUGGAUUCUGAACGAGAGCGAGGCAAGAAACAAGAAGACGAGCAUAAUAAAAUGCUUGAGCUUCGGUAUACGGAAAUACGUGACUUGCGUGGUCAAUUGCAUGCUCUUCAAGAAGAAUUGAAUCCUAUCAAAAUGGAUUUGCGACAGCGAAACGCAAGCUACACCGACCUAAUGGAAACCCACCACAACCUUCAAAAACAGAACCAACAAAUGAUUUCAAACUGGCAAAAAGAAAUCGAGACCGUUAAGUCCAAAGAAAAAGAAGUCACGCAAUUGUCCACGGAAAAGAAUCAAACACUCCAAGAACUACAACAGUACAAAUCCUCUGCUGAAAAGUUGAAUGAGGAGUUGAAUGCGACCGUGAAUCAACUUAAAGAGUCUUCUGCGGAACGUGACAAGUAUAGUGAGCAGAUACGAGUUCUUGAGAAGCAGUUGGAAGAGUCGCGUGCGGCGCAUGAUAAGUUGACGACGCAGGUUGAAGCGCAGAGUGGUGAUUUGAGUAAGAUGAAGACCCAAUUAGAGUCGUACGAGUCUGCUGAUACUCAUUUGACUAUUUCACAAUUACGUGAGAGUUUGACAGACGCACGUAAUCAAUGUCAUCGAUUACAAGAUCAGAUUGACUUCCUCGAGAAAUUCAGUCAAGAUUCUCAACGUGCAGUAGAAGAGUUGGACAAAUUCAAUCAAGAAUUACAAGAAAAAUUCGAUCAAACAUCAAAAGAACUUCCAGAUUUAAAAUCGCAACUCGAAAAAUCCACCAACGACUUACAGCUUAAACAUUCCGAGCUCGAGAGUCUCAUCGCAGAACUGGCUACCGUGCGUGAAGAAUCCCAAUUCACCAUCAACAAUUUAAAGACCAACGAAGAAUAUCUCUUGAAACAGGUGGAACAGAAUAACAAAGAAUUGGUGGAGGCCAAGAAACGAUACGAUAGUCAAGUUUUAGAUCUGGCGGAUACGUUGCGUAAGUUGAAUGAUAUAGAGCAGAGUUGUAAUAAAUUGCGAAGUGAGAAUGAAAAUUUGAAUUCUCAGAUCGAGUCAUCGCAAGCUACGUUUGCUCAUGAAAAGAAAGUGCUUGAGGAUGAAUUACGUCAAUUGUCUGAAAAAUGCUCUAAACUCCAAGAAGUUAACGAAUUGUACCAGAGACAAAUAGAGAGCAAUGCACCCGCCGAAUCACAGCUAGCGAUUCAAGGUCUACGCAGGCAAUUAGAAGACUUAUUGCGCGAAAGCAACGACUUUAAACUCCAAAACCAAUCGUUCAAACGAGAAUUGGAAGAAGCUCAGAAACUAAUCAAUAACUGGAAGCGCUUAUACGAAGAAGAACACCAAAAAUUACAAACCUCCAAGUACGGAACCGACCUCGCCGAGAAACAAAUACAACUUGACCAAUCGAACGUGCACAAUAGACUCUUGUUUGAAGAAAACCAACGAUUAACAAAGAAUCUCAAAGAACUGGAAACACGGUUGGAGCAAGCGUUAUCUGAUUCUCGGGAAUACGCGAGCAAGGUCACCACUCUUGAAGCUGAAAAACAAAAUCUCGAAGAACGAUGUCGGCGCACACAAAAAAGCUUGGAAACUGAACAGCAACGAUAUACCGCAAUAUUGGCCAGUCGUGCAGAUAUUACACCGGCAGAAGUUGAAAAGUUGAGGAAAACCGAAGAAACUGUGAAAGGACAAUUGAAAAGUGUGACUGAACAGCAUAAAAAGGAGUUGUUAACUCUCAAAAGACAGAUUCUACAAAAACAAGCUGAGGUAUAUAAAAGUGCAAAGAAAAAAGCCGAAGAAUCACGCGAGGCACUUAAAAAGAGAGCUCAAACUACAAUUAGUGCGCAUAAAAACGAAAUAACCAGUUUAAAGGCUCAAAAUGAGACUCUCAAGAACGAGAACACGACACUUAAACAAGACAGUGAAAGUAAGAAGCAAGAAUUUGAGAACCUGAAACAAGAAAAGGACAAGUUGGUCAAAGACUUGUCAGAUGCUACGACCACGAAUUUGAGACAUAACGUACUUAAAUCGGAACUUGAAAAAAAGAAAGAGAUUAUUAAAAGACUUCAGAUUGAGUUGACUCAAUUGAAGUCUAAACCUGCUCAGCAGACACCACCAACUCAACAACAGUCAACAUCGUCACCUGUUGUCGCCGCGACAACUGCUCAACACGCACAAAUUCCCGUCAUACCUGCUGCCAAUCAAACGCCUGCUAUUGCACCUGCUACUCUUACACAUCAAGUGAAUGUUUCUCCGGCUCCUUCUCAAGUAGUGUCAACUCCAUCAGAACUUAUCUCCAUCCCAUCCCCUCAGCCAUCUGAGAAAAUUCCAGCCAAUGUUACAAUUCAGAGAGGAGAGAAACGACCUGGACCCGUAAAAUUGAAUAGAUCUCGAGUUAUCCAGUUACCGACGAUACCUCAUGACAAUACAAACCAGGGUCAAUCGUCAUCUACUGCACCGACCUCACAAACAACAACAAAUACCGUUGAAUCAACUUCCACAGCAAUUCCAGAGCACGAGCCCGUUCCCAUAGCAGUAUCAAGUCCAAUGCCAUCUCAUAAUAUUCAGGAACCUGCUACUACCCCCGCAGAGUCAACACAAGCUGAAACUUCGGAAAACACUGAAACAACGGACCGUAAACGACGGCGAUCAAUAGAUGAUGAUGGUCGUGCUAAUGUAGAAGCUUCGCACAAUUUACAGCAAUCAGGAACAACAGAAAAUACCGAGGGAACUACAUCUGAAAGUGCAGCUGCAACCACCACCACAACAGGAGCAGCUACCAUACAGGAACAACAACCCGAAGCUGAAUCAAAUACAACUGAUGAUUCAGCACCGCCAGUGAAAAGGAUGAAAGUCGAGGGAAAUCAAAAUGAAUAA